AUGAAGCCUAUUAUUUUAAAAAGUAAUUAUUCAAAAUUUAGUUUAAAAGAGGGAGUAGCAUUUUCCAGUGAUGAUACUACAGAUACUGUUUUUACAAAAAUCAAAUCAAAUAAAGGUCAUAAAAAUAAAAAUUCAAAUUUAUAUUUUAUUUCAAAAAAUAUAAAUACAAAAGGCAAAAAAAAUUACCGAGAUUUAUCAGUCCUAGAUGAUUUCAAACUUAUACUAUUUGGGUGUAUGGGAAUGAGGACAUACAAAAUGGUCUAUUGUUUUUAA